UUUAGUCUCUAGAAUUAUACACUGAAAUAUAAUAGGAAGAGAGAAACUUAAUAGAGUUGCUUCUAAUUUUGCAAGAUGGACAAAGAACUCUUAAAAUCAUUGCAAAGUUAUUACAUUUGUCUUGUUAAAAUAAUUAAUAAAUGGAAUACAAUAAAAAAAAAUACAGAAAAAGCAAUUGCAAAUCUUAGAAAUUCUUGUCAACAAUUGAGAUGUGUUACCAGUGAGGAGGUCGAUAAUGCAAAUAUUUGUAAAAUUGAAUUUAUGCGGGAUAAAUUGAUUUUUAAAAUUAAUUUAGGAAUCGAAGAAGAAAUCGAACAAAUUGAUAAAGCUAUAAAAAGUUUGGGAGUUCUAAAUAGUGAAUUAAAAAGUAAAUUAAAUAACUUAGAAACUACAAGAGCGAAAGUUUCAACUGAUGAUCCAAAGAUAAUUCAAAUAAUUGAAGGAACACCAAGAAGAGCAAAAUUGAGUCUUCUUCUUGAAUGGGCCAUGAUAUCUCAAGAAUAUUAUCAACAACUAUACCAAGAUAUUAAUGAAAGGCUCAAAAGCAUCAAACGAAAUGAUGAAAAAACUGUUUUACUAUUAAUAUCAGCAUUUGAAGAAAAUCAAGAAAGUAAAACACAAAUUGAAAGAAUAUUAGUUUUUACAAAAUUUCUAAUUGAAGAGACAAUAUAA